AUGCAUAAUUCAAAGCCAAAACUCCAAGCAUCCACGCCUCAAACCGACGCAGAUUCUCUAUUUGAGUCCAAUAAAAUGAACCUCAAAGCAAUUUUUGCACUUCACAGUCCUCAUGAGAACCGAAUAUCCCUAACAGCAUUUGGGAAAUUUUGUAAAAAUUCUCAUAUAAUUCCAGUAUCUUUCUAAUUAGGAUUUGCUUUCUGUAAUUGAUUUAAAACGAAUAAUCACAAGAAUCACACAAAAUCAAAACAACAAGUCGUCGUUUACUUAUCAGAAUUUUGAGCAGAGCUUGAAGUAUAUUGCUAUUACUGGGUUCCACACAUCAGUUCCGCUUUCUGACAAGCUGCAAAUGCUGUUUUUACAUAUAAGGAACCCUUGCAAAAAAGCUUAUAAAGUGAAUUUAUCGACUUCGUUAAAAUCGAGGUCGACUACUCCAUUUUCUUGUGACACUUCUGGGUCAGAAUGAGAUGAAAAUAAAUGCUCACAAAGGGCCAAUGCAUAUGCACAGAAACUAGGAUUAAAUAAAACAAGUGGAAGCUCCAAUAUAAAACUCCCAUUAGAUAUUGAAUCAGUGCUUGGACUCUAUAAAAAGUCUCCAUUGCAAACAAAGUCGACCCAAAGAAUCAGGGCUUCACCUAAAAAAAUUAUCCCUUGCUCCUCAUAUAAAUCAAUAUCACAAGACACAAGCCCGCAUUCACGUGUUACAAUUAUCAGGAAAAAAACAGCCUGCACUACUGCAAAUUCUCGGAGAAACUCUCAAGACCUUAUUGACCAAAAUAAAAUUAAAGAAAUAUAUGAAGCGACUGCAAAAUUUGGAGAAAAAAGGCAUUACCGAACAAUGUCAGCAGAAACAUAUAUGAUUCAAAGCCCGAAAUUUGGGGGAAGCUCCAGCUCGCCUGAAAACACUUGCAUAAGCUCAAAUAGCACCCCAAAGCCGAUUUCCCAAAAAAGUGGAAAAAUAAAUCAAAUUGAAAAAUUAUUUAAAAAUUUUAAAGAAAAAAGCCAAAAUCCAGAAAAAGGUAAAAAUGAUAAAGAGCCACAUUUAACAUCUUUAAGAAAGCAUAGAGAUUAUAUAGGAAAAGUAAGGGAAGCAAGCUUUUCGAAGAAUGUGAUAACGAGAAUGAUUUUCAAUGCAUGGAAAGGGCUUAGAUCUUAA